AGCGGGAGAUCCCGCAAACCAAGAAUUGGGGUUUGCAUCUUAUACUGCAUUUAUCUUCAACCUUCAAUCGUGCAAACGAAACCCUUAAUUUCAUUUUGCCGGGGUUGGUAAUUAAAACAGUUUAUUGCACCUGUUGCCGGUAUCUAUGUUUGGAGGUCAUGUGACUGUUCCGGUUAACAGUCCACAUCUACGGAAGUCCGGAAGCAGACAGUUGUUCUCUGACCUUGGAAGUAGUGAAGAAGCUGCAUCAUCUCAUUUAAUAGAGAGUGAGAUGAAGGGUGUGGGUGGCACACCUUUGGCAGCUGCUGCAAUGUUACCAUCUCCUGUAUUGCUAUGGAGGCUUAAGGUGAUGCUGUUCUUCUUAUGGGGAUUCAGCUGUUGCAAGAUCGGAUGGGAUUCUGUCAUGAGGAUGAGUUUGGACCUGCGAGACCUUUUUCUUUAUGAGGCGUUUCUGUAUUAUAAUCCUUUUCUUCUCGUGACAGCUGCGGUUUGGUUUUGGGGUGCGAACUUAUGGGUGUUUGCUCAGGCUAAUGUCAAUUAUUCGAAGAUUUUUGACCUUGAUCAGAACCAUCUUACUCACAAAGAAAUAUGGAAGUGCGCUACAUGGAUGACAAUCAUUGUUCCAACGAGCAUGACUUCGUAUCUUUAUCUGUACUCUCAUGGAGAAGUCUCAUGGGCUGCAUCUCAACCAGUACUUUUGUAUACCGCUGUUGCAAUUAUCCUGAUAUUCCCAUUCGACAUUUUUUAUUUGUCAUCGCGCUUCUUUUUGUUAAGGACACUUUGGAGAAUAGUCUUCCCAUUUCAGGCAAUAGCAUUCGCUGACUUUUUUGUGGCUGAUAUAUUAACCUCUAUGUCAAAGGUCUUUUCAGAUUUGGAACGUUCCGUUUGUAGGAUGGUUCACAAGCAGGUUGCAACCAUUGCCUGGUUUGAAGCCGAUUCCGUUUGUGGCAGUCAUGCUGUUGCUAUUCCUAUCAUUCUUGUAUUGCCUUAUAUAUUUCGUUUCUUUCAAUGUUUGCGGCAAUACAAGGAUACCCGGGAAAAAACUUCUCUUCUAAAUGCAUUGAAAUAUUCAACUGCUGUACCGGUGAUUUUUCUUUCUGCCUUGAAGUAUCAUGUGUUCCCUGAUAGUUGGAUAAACUUCUACCGACCUCUGUGGCUGCUGUCAAGUGUCGUAAAUUCUUUGUACUCAUUUUACUGGGAUGUGACCCGAGAUUGGGAUCUAAGCUCCUUUACUCGGAUCUUCAAGUUUAGCAAACCACAUCUCAUCUCACAAAUUAUUUAUGGACAAAAAUGGGUAUAUUUGUGGGUGAUAGGAAGCAAUCUGAUAUUGCGGUGUACGUGGACAUACAAGUUAUCUGCCCAUCUUCGGCAUAAUCACCUGACUGUAUUUGCAAUAACGGCAUUGGAGAUCUUUCGAAGAUUCCAAUGGGCGUUCUUCCGUGUAGAAAACGAGUGGAACAAAAUGAACUUGAAACAGAACCUUCAGAUGGGCGACAUCUCGGGUGAAGAAGAAAAACUCCUCAAUGUCAACAAUCACAAUGUAUAGUUUGCUCUGCAUAUUCGACGUUAAUUCGCCUUCUUGUUUUUCUUUCGAUUUGGUAAACUUAAUUUCUUUUGUACCUUUAUUUUUCUUCUUCUUCUUCUUCUUCUUCUUCUUCUGGGUAUCCUUCCAAUAGGGUUUAGGUGAGGGUAGGAGAUCACUUAGGUGAAAUCUAGAGCAAUGCAUUGGUGUUCUAAUGAUUUAUAGCACUCAUAUUUACAGCUAUUUUUGUAGUAAUCUUGAUGGGGGUGUGCUUGUUUUACCUUUGGAAACAGGUGUACUCAACUUUUGUAUGCUUAUUUUAUCUAUACUAUCUUGUAAAAACAUUCUGG